CGACAGAAUCAGUGAUUCACUGAUUCUGGCACUCGCCAUAUUGACACGCCAAGCGCCACAAUGGGGAAGAAGGCCAAGCGCACGGCGUCUACGCCCGUGACCCCCACGCCGCUCCAACCGCCGCUCAAGCCGCUGCGCAUCGCAUCGCCCUCUGUAGCCCUCGACAAACACUCCUGCAACGCUGAGUGCAGCUACGAGUACGACAACCUGCUGGCGCGUAGUCGUCCAGGCGUACGGCCGUUUCCACCUGUCCACGACCUGGAGAGAGGCAACGACGGGAAUGAUGGUCAAUGGCAGGUGCUGCACGCAUUGGACGGCGUGUUGUGCUUGGCCACACACCACGUCCUCGAGCUCGUCCAACUUAAGCGCGUAAACUUCGGCUUCCGAUGGCGCGAUACGAACGUGGAGAGAGACGCAGACGUCCCGCCGCCGAGCUGCAUGAUGGGGCCGCAUUGGCACUUGAUGCUGACGACAUGGUCGGUAUUUUGCUUCCUGUCCUCCAUAGUGAACGUAUUGACGUUUGAGAAGGCGGGAAUAGUGGAAUUAGGAGCUGGAGUGAUCCUGUCGGGCUUAUGUUUGACAUGUUAUGCGCUGGUGGGGUGCUCUGAUCCUGGUAUUGUCAGAAGAAUUGAGAUGCCGCCAGACGACACGUACACGUACUGUGACCAUUGUGACUCCUACCGGCCGGAAGGGUACGCUGUUGCAUUUGUGCGGUCAUGAGAGAGCUGAUCUCAUUUGAGUUUUGUUUUUAGAGCACUGCAUUGCAUGGACUGUCGGGUGUGUAUUGAGGAGUAUGAUCAUCAUUGUCCGUGGACGGGCAAGUGUGUGGGCAAGGGCAACAUUCGCUAUUUCUACUGGUGGCUGCUGUUCCUGGUGCUGGCGUUUGUCUACGAGGUGAUCGAGUUCACCACUUAUUUGCUGCCCCCGGAGGGUCAAGACCUGUUGGACUCGUCGGACGACUCGCUGGAGAUCGUCUUCCCUGCCAUCACCCCACAUUUGUGACGAGGAUUCAUCGUGCAUGGAGGCAGCCGCGCUGCAGGCUAAAGUGGUGGCGCCGGUGGACAAACUCCAAGCCACCGAGAUCAGUCCUUCUCGUCGAUGCCGAGUCGACAGGAUUUGCAUGCAAAUGCAUGGACCACCAGAAUCAGGCAUGGACAGGCCGGACAGUAUACCGGUAUUUCCCGAAAUUUGGCGUUCCUCCAACAAUAUUUUAGCUGAAGCAUAGCUUGCUGUCUGGGCGUUAUAAUGUGUCCAUCAUUCUUUGAUGAGUCCCGAAUUGUAAGUUGUAAUGAACCAUAUUUACGUUUAUUUUUUAUUGACGA